GGACAGUCGAGCAGAGCUUGGAUGAGCCGCUUCGCCGAAAUCCUGAGAUGGAGUUUCUGCUGAUCUGCCUUUCCCUGUGGAUAUUGCAAUGCAAUUCGGCCAAAGCGGACUCCAUCAUACACAUCGGUGCCAUAUUUGAGAAAAACUCUGGGAGAGAAGAGGAGAUUUUCCAACUCGCCAUCUCAGAUCUGAGUCUGAACGAUGACAUUCUGCAGAGCGAGAAAAUCACCCACUCGGUGAAACUAAUCGAGCCAAACAACCCUUUCCAGGCUGUGCAGGAAGCAUGCGAGCUGAUGAACCAGGGCAUCCUCGCCCUGGUCACGUCAACCGGCUGCGCAGCCGCCAGCGCCCUGCAGUCGCUGACGGACGCCAUGCACAUCCCCCACCUCUUCAUCCAGAGGAACGGGGACGGCGCCCCCCGCACCGCCUGCCAGCUCAACCCCAGCCCGGACGGAGAGAGCUACACCCUGGCCGCCCGCCCGCCCGUUCGGAUCAACGACGUGCUGCUCACCCUGGUCUCGGAGCUGCACUGGCAGAAGUUCAUCAUCUUCUACGAGAGCGACUACGACAUCCGAGGUUUGCAGACCUUCAUGGACCAGUCGUCCCGGAUGGGUCUGGACGUGUCCCUGCAGAGGGUGGACCGGAACGUCAGCCGGGUAUUCAACGACCUCUUCAACACGAUGCGCACCGAGGAGCUCAACCGGUACCGGGACACUCUGCGGCGCGCCGUGUUGCUCAUGAGCCCUCGCGGCGCUCAGGUGUUCAUCCACCAGGCUGUGGAAACCAACCUGGCGUCCAAGGACAGUCACUGGGUCUACGCCAACGAGGAGGUGAGUGACGCAGACAUCAUGGAGCUGGUUCACAGCUCUCUGGGGAGGAUGACCAUCAUCCGGCAGAUCUUCCCACUGUGGAGAGACACCAACGUUCGCUGUAUGAGGAACAAUCACCGCAUCUCCUCCCUGCUCUGUGACCCGCAGGAAGGCUAUCUGCAGUCCCUGGAGGUGUCCAAUCUCUACUUGUAUGACAGUGUUUUGAUGCUGGCCAACGCCUUCUACAGAAAACUGGAGGACAGGAAGUGGCACAGUAUGGCCAGCCUCAACUGCAUGAGGAAGUCCACCAAGCCUUGGAAUGGAGGAUGGUCUAUGUUGGACACCAUCCAAAAGGGACGCAUCAGUGGCCUGACAGGAGUGAUGGACUUUCGCGCCGAGGGUUCCAAUUCCCAUGUGCAGUUUGAGAUUCUCGGAACCAGCUACAGUGAGACAUUUGGGAAAGAUGUGAAACGGCUGGCGUCUUGGGACUCUACUCGGGGUCUGAAUGGCAGCCUGAAGGAGAAUCGGAUCGAGAGCGGUAUGCAGGGAGUGAUGCUGAAGAUUGUAACGUUACCGGAAGAGCCUUUUGUGAUGGUGGCAGAGAAUAUUCUGGGCCAACCCAAGAGAUACAAGGGUUUCUCCAUCGAUGUCCUGGAUGCCUUGGCCAAGAUCCUGGGCUUCAAGUACGACAUUUACCAAGUGGCAGACGGGAAGUACGGCUCGGCCCUUCACAACGGCUCCUGGAAUGGAAUGAUAGGAGAGCUAAUUGGCAAGCGAGCCGACCUGGCCAUAUCGGCCAUCACCAUCACGCCGGAGCGCGAGAGCGUGGUGGAUUUCAGCAAACGCUACCUGGACUAUUCGGUGGGGAUCCUGAUGAGCAAGUCGGAGGAGAAGAUCAACAUCUUCUCCCUGCUGGCGCCGUUCGAUUUGGCCGUGUGGGCCUGCAUCGCCGCGGCCGUCCCCGUGGUGGGCGUCAUGAUCUUCCUGCUCAGGCGCAUCCAGGCGGCGCGCUGCCAGAGCAACGCGGGGGGCCACCCGCCACCCUCCGUCUCCACGUCGCUUCAGAGCGCCAUCUGGAUUGUCUACGGCGCGUUCGUCCAACAAGGCAGUGACUCCAUCCUGGGAUCGGUGGCUCUGCGCAUCGUCAUGGGCAGCUGGUGGCUAUUCACUCUCAUCGUGUGUUCGUCCUACACGGCGAACCUGGCCGCCUACCUCACAGUGUCACGCAUGGACAAUGCUGUCAGGUCGUUCCAGGACCUGUCCAAGCAGGCGGACCUUGUCUACGGGACCGUCAGGGACUCUGCUGUGUACGACUACUUCCAGGCCAAAGGGACAAACCCUCUGGAGCAAGACAGCACAUUUGCCGAGCUCUGGAAGACCAUCAACCAGAACAACGCCUUUGAGAACUCUGUCUCCAGCCCGUCGGAGGGAAUCAAGAAGGCAAAGCAGGAACCGUACGCCUUCCUGUGGGACAUGGCGGUGCUGGAGUACGCCGCCCUGACGGAUGAUGACUGCACGCUGACCGUAGCGGGCAACAGCAUGAGCACCAGAGGCUACGGCAUGGCCCUGCAGCACGGCAGUCCCUACAGAGACCUCUUCUCUCAGAAGAUACUGGAGCUUCAGGAAAAAGGUGACCUCGACAUCCUAAAGCAGAAAUGGUGGCCGAGGAAAGGCCGCUGCGACCUGCAGAGCCACGCGGACGCCCAGCCGGAGGGACGGGCGCUGCACCUGCACAGCUUCGCCGGCGUCUUCUGCAUCCUGGCCGCCGGGCUGCUGCUCGCCCUCCUGGUGGCGGCGCUGGAGACCUGGUGGAACAGCAACCACUGCCGCAGAGAGCAGCCCAAAGAGGUGACUAAGGAUUACGGCCCGGAAAGGGUUUCCGGCCCAUUGACAUAUAAUGACAUAAGCGCUUCACCAGAAGGGAGGCGGCACAUAUGGACUGACAGAGAGGGACACUGGGAGGAGGCCGAGGCUCUUGACACAGGACAAAGAGGUGAACCUGGAACAGGUCCACCAUCGUAUGAACAGCCUCCUGGACGAGGACUUGACCCACAAACAGCUGCCGGGACAAUCCAUCGAGAUCUCUGCCCUGGACAUUGGCAGCAUGCAGCCCAGCCAGUCCCUGGAGGCCCUGUCCGCCCGGGACUACCAAGCCCACCGGGGGCCGCCGCGGCUCUCCGUGACCACCUUCCUCCAGGAGGGCCACAGGGCAGGAAGGACACUCGGCGCAGGCUCUGGCAGGACCUUGCCCCUGCCGCUCAGCAGUGCCACCAUGCCCUCUAUCCGCUGCAAACACAGGGCACCCAAUGGGGGGCUCUUCCGGCAGAGCCCGGUCAAAACGCCCAUGCCAAUGUCCUACCAACCAGUGCCAAGAGGACCAAUCCCAGAAGCCAGUGAGCCCAGCCACGGGACGUCCAUCUGAGCACGCCGAGCGCCCACAGGAACUCGAGCUCAGAACCCCGAUAGUGGAGCUAAAAGGGACGAGAUAUAAAUAACACACCUUUAAAAAGGCUUUUUAUUACCAGUGAUGAGUCAGCGGGACGACAUGUGACAAGACACCGUCUUUAAAUGUACAUAUUUGUAAGUACAAAGAGAGAGAGAGAGAGAGAGAGA